AUGAAGGGCCUCCAAGGCCCCGAAUCCCGCUCAGAUGCCCUGAUGGACCUUGUCCCUUCGAUAACCUCUGCGGAGUCGAGGGCUCUAGGAGUUCGCGACGACACCGACAUUGUAGGUGACGAUGCAGGUGGUGGAACUUGCUCCAUCGAAAUGUCCAAAAGCGUCAUCGUCGUCGGCGGCGGACCGAGCGGCAUCACGGCGGCACACGUGUUGCAGCAGGCUGGCAUCGACUUUGUCGUUCUUGAGAGGAGAGAUAGCAUUGUCGAUGAUGUUGGAGCCAGCUUGGUCCUCAGUCCUGGCUCCUUGCGUGUGUUCCAUCAACUUGGGAUCCUCGAAAAUCUAAUGGAAAUUGGCAACACGCUGUCAUCAGGCACAGGAUUCACUUCCGACGGCCACAAGUUCAAGCAAAACCUGAUUGGCGACUGCAUGAUGAAGAAUCACGGCGCAGGCCUCACCACAUUCCACCGUGCCCACCUGAUCCAGGUCCUCUACGACACCCUCCCCGAAUCAGCAAGAGCGCGCUACUUCACCGGAAAGAAGCUCGCAAACAUCGAGUCGACCGAGAAGGGCGUCACGGUGACCUGCCAAGACGGCUCAACGUACUCUGGAAACAUGAUCAUCGGCGCCGACGGCGUCCACUCCGCCACCAGACGUCAAAUGCGCAAGCUCGCCCUCGCCGAGGACCCCAACCGCGACUGGGAUCCGAUCAACCCGUACAAGAUCCAGUACCAGUGCCUGUGGGCAUCGUUCCCGCGACCCACCGACGCCGGUCAAGGGUGCGAGACGCAGAGCAAGGACAAGUCCAUCAUGUACCUCACCGGCAAGGAGAGGGGCUGGAUCUUCCUCUACGAGAAGCUUACAGCGCCCAUUCCCGAGAGGAUCUCCUUCACGCCUGAGCAGCUCGAGGAGUACGCCGAGCGGUUCGCCGACUGGCCCGUCGCGGAGAACAUCACGGUCAAGGACGUCUUCAAGGAGCGGUACAGCGCGGGCGGCGCUGGUCUCGAGGAAGGGAUCUGCAAGAACUGGAGCUGGGGAGGGCGCAUCGUGCUCGUCGGUGACGCCGUGCACAAGUUCACCCCCAACGCCGGCCUGGGCUUCAACAACGGCCUCCAGGACGUCGUCGCCGUGUGCAACCGGCUGCAGAAGCUCACGACCAACGGCAACAGCCCUUCUCCCGACGACCUGCAGAAGCUCUUUGACAGCUAUCGCGAGGAGAGACACGUUCUUCUGGAGAAGGACUUGGAUGCGUCGGCGCGGUUGACGAGGUCGCAGGCCUGGGCGUCGACGUUUGACUGGAUCAUGGCGAGAUACGUCAUGGCCUUUUCGUUCGUGCAGAAGAUCUUCUUCACGUUCAACAUGUCUCCGUCCAUUCAGAGGGCCAAAGUGUUGGACUUUGUACCGGCUAAGGAGGUUUUCAACGGCAGAUACAAGUGGUUGGCCCCUUUCCCGAGUGAGAAGUAG